AUGCCGAGAGAUAGGAACACGAAUUCGCAGCGCCGCCAUUCGCGCCAUUCAGAGGACGAACCACGUCGCCGCCAUCGCCACCAUCGCCACCGCCGCGAUCGCCCGGCUAAUCAGGACCCAGGCAGAAGAAGAGCCGGACCCAGCCAUCCCCUCGGUCCCCGCCUCGCCGACCCCCGUGGGCCGCUGGGCGCAAUUUAUGAGGAGGUCUCCGAUGCUGAGGUGGUGACUCUCAGCUCGGACGACGACGAGCCACGGGGCGCGGCGAUGGACACAGUUGUCCUUCUCGACGAGGAGGAGACCGUGCCGUGGGUACCGCCCCACCGAGAAACACCACCGCCCUCAUACGAGGAGCUUUUCGGGCCGGGCCCGUACCCGGAGCCCGACCCUCCAGCAUCAGCCGGGGUCAGCACCGCUGCCACCAUGGCGGUGCGGGCCACCGGCGCCGCUGCCACGGGCGCACCCAGGCCCGCACCCAGUGCCACCGACGCCAAGGAGCAGGCCACGCCCACGCUCACCGCCGCCGACGACACCGCCGACGCGGCAACCGUCCGGGCAGGAGCCAGCACCCCCACGGGGGAUGACUUGCUCGCGCUCCUGCUGGGGAAGCUGGCCGCGUCCCCGACGGACCCACCACGUCCGCCGCAUCCCAGCAGCGGGAGGCAGUCCGGGCCGCGGUCCGAACAAUAA